AUGUCACCAGCGCCACUAGCAACAGGUGAUAACACCCUGUGUUCUAAUAGCUCUGAAAGCGGCACCAAAGUUAAACAGUCAGCUAUGCCUAGUGAGGUGGAUAUGCAGUUCUAUUACCAGCGCUUGUUACCAUUCAAGUAUAUAUUCACUUGGACAAGUCAUUCACCAAAACCCACAAAGGACUUUACUAUGAGGGAGUUUGCAUAUGAGUAUAGAAGCACGGCAUACAAGCGUUACAACUCUUACAGCAACGUGGAUGAGUUCAAAAAGGCAGUCAUUAGUGCCAACCCAACGCGUUUCGAAAUUGGAGCUGUGUAUAAAGUUGCACCAAAGGAAAGAUACAACCUACCCAAACAAGCUUUGAAACCUGUGAGUAAAGAGUUGGUGUUUGAUAUCGAUUUGACGGAUUACGAUGAAAUUAGAACUUGCUGUCAGGGGACAGAUAUUUGUUGUAAAUGUUGGAAAUUUAUUCAAGUUGGGUCAACCAUAAUUGAAGAUUGUUUGAGGCAGGAUUUUGGCUUCCAACAUAUGGUAUGGGUGUUCUCUGGACGUAGAGGUGCCCAUUGCUGGGUCAGCGACAAAAGGGCAAGAGAGUUGGAUGAGAAUAGUAGAAGAUCAAUUGUGGAGUAUCUUGAUGUUUUAGGUGGAAAGCAUGCAAAGGGUUCAAAAGGUUUUCACGUGAGGAAACCAUUCCAUCCUCAUGUUGAAAGAAGCUUUGAAAUUAUGAAGAAGAGAUUUAUUGAAAUCAUUUUGGAAGAUCAAGACCCGUGGUAUACCGAUCCAAACACUGAACUGGAUUCAAAAAGUUGGAAACAAGUGGAUGAACUUUUAAGUUUUAUGCCAAACAAGGAAUUACAAGCAGAAUUGAAGAAAAAGUGGCAAGGAGAGUGCAAAAUGUCGACAUCUAAAGAUAAAUGGGAGGAUUUGAAUACAGUUGCAGCAAAAGUGUUAAAAUCAAACAGUCAGGUUGCCUCAUUACUGGAUGCAAAGAAGGAAAUUAUCAUCUAUUUCCUUUAUCCAAGAUUGGAUAUUGAGGUUUCUAGACAAAUUAUCCAUUUGUUAAAGUCCCCAUUCUGUGUGCAUCCUGGAACAGGUAAUGUCUGUGUACCAUUUGAUCCAAAAAAGAGUAUUUCGGGAGUUGCGCUGGAUGAUGCAUAUGGGUUUAAUCCUACUACGGCGCCAAAUUUGAAACAACUACUUACGGAGCUUGACGAAUAUGAACAAAAUGGAAGUGGUGAUAUCGAUGAUGUAAAUGUCCCUGCAUGGGAUAAAACUAGUCUCAAACCAUAUGUUGAUUUAUUCAAAAAGCACGUGGGUGAUUUGGUAAAAACAGAGAUGAAGAAUGGCAAGAGAGAGUUGGAUUCUGAUCCUUAUGAGUUCUGA